AUGAUAGCAAAAUGUAUCAUUCAGCAUGAUCUCCCAUUUGCUUAUGUUGAGUAUGAGAGAGUAAGAUCGAUUUGGAAGUACUUGAAUGAAGAUGUGAAAUUUAUCAGCAGAAACACAGCGGCAGCCGAUGUUUACAACUUUUAUGAAAAUGAAGCAGAGAAUUCAAAGCGAGAAUUAGCUAAUCUUCCUGGAAGGAUUAGUCUCACUUCUGAUUUAUGGUCUACAAUCACGCAGGAGGGAUACAUGUGUUUAACAGCACAUUACAUUGACAAGAAUUGGAAGCUGAACAACAAAAUUCUAGCAUUUUGUGCUGUACCACCUCCACAUACAUGUACACACUUAGCUAUGGAGAUGCUUGAGAAACUGAAGGAAUGGGGGAUUGAAAAAAAAAAGAGUAUCAAGUAUGUUCAAAGAUCAGAACACCGGGAGGUACUAUUUGCAAAAUGUGUGGAAUAUGUUGGUAUAAAGCAUAAAGCUGGUUUGUUGUUGGAUGUGCAAACAAGAUGGAACUCAACAUACAAGAUGCUUGAUAGGGCUCUCAAGUAUAGAACUGCAUUUGCUAAUCUCAAAGUUAUUGAUGGGAAAAACUAUAAGUUUUUUCAUACAGAAGAUAAAUGGAAACGACUCAAUAGUCUGUGUGAUUUGUUGGAGCCGUUUGAUCAUGUUACUACUCUUAUUUCAGGUUCAACAUAUCCAACUUCCAACUUAUACUUCAUGCAAGUUUGGAAGAUCAAUAAUUGGUUGACAGUGAAUGAGUUUAGUGAAGAUGAAGUUAUUAGGAUCAUAAUUGUACCCAUGAAGGAGAAGUUUGAUAAGUACUGGGAAGAAGUAAGUGAUCUAUUUGCAAUGACUACAGUGCUUGAUCCAAGGUUGAAGCUAACACUUGCAAACUAUUGUUUUGGUAAACUUGAUAAAAGUUCUUGUCAACAGAAGAUUGAACACUUGAAAAAUAAAGUUCUGGUUUUGAAUAAGUAUUCAGUCUCUGUCUCAGGUUCUGGUUUUAUAAAAAACUGCAGGUUCUGGUUUUGGCCCGAUUUGAAUUGCAGGUUUUGGUAUUUCAAGUUCUGGUUUUAUAAUAAACUGCAGGAUUUCUUAGCCUUUCGAAAGGAGACUGUUGUUGCUAGUGGAAAGAUGUCCUUACAAAUGUAUCUUGAUGAACCAGCAAUAAACAUGAAGAAUUUUGAGAGUUUAGAUAUUCUAAAGUAUUGGAAAGAUAACUCUCAGCGCUAUGAAGAAUUGGCUUCCAUGGCUUGUGAUCUUCUUAGUAUUCCUAUCACAACAAUAGCCUCUGAAUCCUCCUUUAGCAUUGGAGCUAGAGUUUCGAACAAGUAUAGAAGUUGUCUUCUCCCAAAAAAUGUUCAAGCAUUAAUAUGCAGUCGCAAUUGGUUAAAAGGUUUUGAAGCAUAUGAAAAUGAGGAGGAGAAAGGAUUAAUUGGUGAAGAUGAGGCAUUACCUUCUUUCCAAUCGAUUGUUGAUGAAGAAGAAACAACUUAA